CUUGUUUCCAACACUCAUCUAACCUCAGCGCGAUGCAGCAGCAAGAAUCUCAGGAGAUUCCCCAGGCUACCACUGCAGUGAUUGUGGAUGGUCAGCCUGACAGCAAGACUAGGCGCUACGAUCGCCAGCUGCGAUUGUGGGCCGCCACCGGGCAAGCCGCGCUCGAAGAGUCGCGCAUAUUGGUCAUUUCCGGCACCGCAACCAGCACCUCCAUCCUUAAAAACCUCGUCCUCCCCGGCAUAGGCCACUUCACCAUCCUCGAUGACGCGCGGGUCUCCCCCGAAGACGCGGGAAACAACUUCUUCCUCGAGGCGCAGGACAGCAUCGGCAAGCUGCGCGCGGAGGAAGAGGUGCGCCUCCUGCGCGAGCUCAACGACAGUGUGGACGGGAAGGCGAACACAAAGUCGCUAGAAGAGCUUCUGGACAAGGACCCGGGCUACCUCACGUCCUUCAGCAUCGUGAUCGCGCACAAUCUGCCGGGCAGGCUGCUCACGCGCCUAGCGGACCUGCUGUGGGAGGCGGACAGCUCGCCGACGCUGGCGGUCGUGCGGUCCGCGGGAUUUGUGGCGGAAUUCUUCUUGCAGUAUCACAAUCACGCAGUGAUUGAGAGCCACUCGGAGACGAUGCCGUCGUUGCGCAUCUCAAAACCCUUCCCCGCGCUGCUCGAAUAUGCCGAGUCCCUCGACUUCGAGAAAAUGGACUCUACCGAUCACGCGCACGUCCCUUUCGUCGUCAUCCUCGUUCGCGCGAUGGAGGAUUGGAAGAACUUGCACGAUGGCAAGCCGCCACAAACGUACGCGGAAAAGAAGGAGUUCAAGGCCACCGUCCAGGCCAUGAAGAAGAAGUUUGACGAGGAGAAUUUCGACGAGGCGGAGGCGCAGGCAUAUCGCUGCUGGUCCGAGACUGGCGUGCCCAGCGAGGUGUCUGCACUGUUCGACGCGCCCGAACUCUCCUCCGUGUCCGCCUCCUCCCCACCCUUCUUCAUCCUCCUUGACGCGCUUAAGAAGUUCGUCGCGCAGCCGCCGCACGUCCUGCCACUAUCCGCCGCGCUGCCGGACAUGAAGGCGAGCACGGGGAGCUACAUUGAGCUUCAGAAGCUGUACAAGGCGCGCGCGCAGGAGGAGAAGGAGGCGUUCAAGAAGCUCCUCGCGCACCCCGUGCCGGAUGAGAUCGUCGACUCGUUCGUGAAAAACGCGCACGGGAUCAAGUUACUGCGCGGCGAGAAGUGGACAGAUGUGGACAAGAAUGGCACUGCGCUGGCGAAGGCGAUCACGGAGACCGAUGGGAAGGAGGUUGGAACGCACCUCGCAUUGUCUGCGCUGUCCAACUUGCUAGCGAAGACGCCUGAGGCGCAGAUCACGGUGGAGGCGCUUACCGAGGAGACGAAGGCGCUGCUUCCGCUGGGUACCACGCUACCAGAAGCAUUUGAGGCGGCUGUGGGCGAAGUCGCACGUUCACCAACGUCUGACCUUCCGAACACGGCGGCUUUCCUCGGCGGAUUGGUUGCACAGGAGGUGAUCAAGAUGAUCACGAAGCAGUACAUACCCAUCAAUGCCGUCUGCGUCGUGGAUCUCAUUGGCACUUGGACGGGGAUGCUCUAGGCGCGCAUCUGCGAGCAGUGGUUACGAGCGUCGACCAGUACGCGCCUGCGAACGACAUAGACCUACACGAAUUGUACACUAUCCAUACUGACUUGCAUAUCUGUUGAUGUUGUCCGAGG